UUUUUUCCGUUGAGCAAGUGCAUUGUUUAUUUAAUUUCACUUGAUGUCGGCAGUGAUAGGCCUGCGUCAAAGGAUGAGACACGUGAUAUUUACUGCCUCGCGUUUCUUGUUGUUCUUCACCCAGGUCCGCGCAUCCGGUAUAAGAACAAGUGAGGCACCCGUUUAUUUUUCACUUGUUAACCAGAUAUUUGGCAUCAUGACCGGUAGAGGAAAAGGUGGGAAGGGGUUGGGCAAGGGUGGUGCGAAGCGACACCGUAAAGUUCUCCGUGACAACAUCCAAGGCAUCACCAAACCUGCUAUACGUCGUUUAGCUCGCCGAGGUGGCGUCAAGCGCAUUUCUGGCCUCAUCUACGAGGAAGUGCGCGGCGUUUUGAAAGUUUUUCUUGAGAAUGUAAUCCGGGAUUCGGUAACCUACACGGAACAUGCGAAACGCAAGACAGUGACAGCCAUGGACGUGGUGUAUGCACUGAAACGCCAGGGACGUACAUUGUAUGGUUUCGGGGGCUAAAAAAUAAAUGAGAAGUAAUUAGAAAAUCAAAGGUUCUUUUCAGAACCACCAUAUCAUUCUAAAAGACUGAUAACUUGGUUUAACUGCUUCGAACAAGAAACGCUCCAUCAUACACAUGGCAAAUCAAUAACAUUAAAUUUAUGUUAAAAUAAUAAACUUUGUCCCUCGACUCUGGUCACCGUCACCAUCUAAUUUAUUUUCUUUAUAUACAUAAAUGGUAACAUCACAUUCUUCCCAAUUCUACGGAUUAAAAUUACAUCUAACAAACCACUUUCUAAUUUGAGAGAUUAUUAUCAACCAAUUCAUUUUGCCUUCUCUCCUUAAGUGUGCUAGAUUUGCAUGAUGAUUGUAACCACAGUUCCGGUAUUAUCUGAUUAGAUUGUCUGAUUAGUCUUUGCCAGAUCUAUUGCACUUGCUGCCUUUGUGCUUCCGUUUAGGGAGGUGCUGCUGAAGAAAUCUUGGGGAGUUGCU